AUGACGUUCGUGACAGUGACUCCGUUUGCUUUUCUUCUUCCUACCCUUGUGUCGUCCCUGGCUCAAUCGGACUGUGGUGGUACCCUGACGGCUCGACGAGGAAACUUUUCGUCACCGAACUUCCCCAUUCUCUAUCCGACGGACGUCAGCUGCUACUGGGAGAUCAAAGCUCCUGAAGGAUACGGCAUUCACCUGUCUUUCGAUGCAUUCGAUCUGGAACGAUCGACCGGCUGUUUGUCAGACUUCGUUCUCGUAGAAGCCGGGAAUUUCACCGAUUGCAUUUGCGGAUCGAUCGUCCCGGACUCGAUUUUCGUACCCUUUAAUAGCAUGAAAGUCACCUUCGGUUCCGAUGAUUCCGGAGAGGGGUCUGGGUUUUUCUCCUCGUACGAAGCGGAGCGAUUGAUUCAAGGAUGCGAGGACGAGUGGCUUGAACACGACGGGAACUGCUACUGGUUCUCCGACGACCAACUCACGCCGAUGGGAGCCGAGGAAUCCUGCAUAGAACGUGGAGGGCAUCUCGUCAGCUUUCACAGUGCUCAGGAGAACUUCUUUGUGGGGCAUCACACCGAAAACAACCCGACCUGGAUUGGGCUGCGAAAAGUCGACCAAGUCUGGACUUGGACAGACGGAAGUCCGGUGGAUUUCGAAAAUUGGAACUCGAAUUUCCUUUUCGGGAACGAUUACAGUGUGAUUUGGGUGGAUCAAUGGGCCAACGGCGACUGCGGCGAGGAAAGACAGUUCAUCUGCAGGAAAAAGGAUUCCAUUUGUCCAGACGUCAAUUGGCUGAGCGACGAACGAGAAUGUUUCCUGCUUUCCGAACAGAAACGGAACUUCUCUCAAGCCCUGUCCUAUUGUCAGCAGUUCGAAUAUUCCACCUUGAUCACGUGGUCGGAUCAAGAAAACUUCGACCACUUCUUGAGUUACAUCCUUGGAUUCGGUGGCACUACCAACUACUGGAUAGGAUAUUUGAGGAAUUCAGACAAUCAUAUCUGGUCCUGGGUUGACGGGACUGCGAGAAACUUCGAGAGAUGGUUCUAUGAGUAUCCUAGUGACGAUAGCGAUGCAAAUUGUGCCUACAUGUUCAGCAGUGCAUGGGACGAUUCUCCCUUCAACUUCUGGAACUACGUUUGCAAGCACCCUCUUCAAUAG